ACAGAGGAUACUCGGGCGCGCUGGUGUAAGCCCGUGUCGCAUCGCGGCAGUAGUGCAAAUGCGCGCGUUACGAGCCAGUCUGCGAACAUCGGGCCAGUCAGUCAGUGGCAGGAAAAAAUGGCGGAUGUCGACUUGAAUAUCGACAACUUGAUACAGAGAUUACUAGAAGUAUACCACACGCAGAAAGACCAGGUUCAGAAGAAAGCCAAGCUAAAAGAUAUUUUCUCGUCGGACUUCGUCGUCAGAGGAUGUCGACCGGGCAAGACCGUAACCAUGACGGAGGCCGAGGUGCGUGGCCUCUGCCUCAAGUCUCGGGAAAUUUUCCUGCAGCAGCCGAUCCUGCUGGAACUUGAGGCGCCGCUUAAGAUCUGCGGCGACAUACACGGUCAGUACACCGAUCUGCUGCGGCUCUUCGAGUACGGCGGCUUCCCGCCCGAGGCCAACUACUUGUUCCUGGGCGACUAUGUCGACCGAGGCAAGCAAUCCUUGGAAACGAUAUGUCUGCUGUUGGCGUACAAGAUCAAAUAUCCGGAGAACUUCUUCCUGCUGCGCGGCAAUCACGAGUGCGCCAGCAUAAACAGGAUAUACGGCUUUUACGACGAGUGCAAGCGGAGAUACAACAUCAAGCUCUGGAAGACCUUCACGGAUUGCUUCAACUGCUUGCCGAUCGCCGCGAUCAUCGACGAGAAGAUUUUUUGCUGCCACGGCGGGCUCAGUCCUGACUUGCAGGGAAUGGAACAGAUACGAAGAAUUAUGCGUCCAACUGAUGUACCUGAUACCGGUCUUCUCUGUGAUCUUUUGUGGUCCGAUCCCGACAAGGAUGUUCAGGGUUGGGGCGAAAAUGACAGAGGAGUCUCGUUCACGUUUGGUCCGGACGUCGUGUCAAAAUUCCUGAAUCGUCACGAUAUGGACCUGAUAUGCAGAGCACACCAGGUGGUCGAGGAUGGCUACGAGUUUUUCGCCAAGCGUCAACUCGUCACAUUGUUUUCCGCGCCCAAUUAUUGCGGAGAAUUCGACAACGCCGGCGGCAUGAUGAGCGUCGACGAGACGCUGAUGUGCAGUUUUCAGAUCUUGAAACCGUCGGAAAAGAAAGCCAAGUAUCAAUACGGAGGAAUGAAUACGGGCCAAGCCGGUAGACCAUCCACACCACAGAGGAAUCCAGCGAAAAAGAAAUGACAGCCUUCUACCGAUCCUGCACAGCAACAAACGCGGUUAUCCUUAAUGGAGGCUAUCAUGCUAGGUAAAUCUGCUUUAUGCUUGUCGAAGCUUACUUAAUCUACACUAGCGAUACCAUUUACGUGCAUAGUUACGAAUCUAUUUCCCACAAUCAUCAGUUGAACGAAAGAGGAAGAAAAAAGAAUAGCAAAAAAGAACAAAAAAAGAAAGAGCGGUAUGAAAUGUAAGACGUUACUCAAUGUAUUUAGGUUCAUGCAAUGAUUCGCCGAUGAUUUAGACAUUUAUAUAUAGCACGCGGUGUUUCCAACGCGCACACGUGUUACGACGACGGACGAUUCGAUUUACGGGGCAAAGAUACGCUAAUGGAUUCACACAUACUGACACGUGGCUUGCGAAAGAUCUUCUCCGUAGUCUCUUGUAGCGGAAGCGCUUCGAUGACACCUCGCCGGAUGCCAUGAUCUGAUCUCGUCUUUGGUUUUCAUGUGUUUCAGCACGAAGACGUCGAGAUACAGAACUAACCUAAUCUGAUAAACGUAAAGCUAAAGUGUGUAAGAUUCACCUCCUUCCUCACAAUUACAUCUUAACGAAAUGAGAGUCAUUUGAUUUCCAUCGGACUUAGCAAGGGCUCGCGGCAAAUUUAUUCUCAAGUGGCACUCACCACUUGAGUGACUCUUUGUGAAAGUUGACGCCCUUUAAAAAGCAUUUCGUCAUUCUCAUUUGUAUUUAUUGCUUCCAUUGUUGAUGUUGAGUGUAAUUAUGAGACUCGCUGUUAUUUUAUUAUUAUUAAUAUGUAUAUAUGAAUAUUAUUAUACUUGUAAUAUUAAUUCAUAUACAUAUAUUAAUAAUAUAAAUAUUUUUUUUUUAUUUUUAAUAUUACUUUUAGCACUGCUUUAGCAGUUAAUUUUAAGUCAUUCAUCAUUUUGUGAGAGAUGCUGCACACAUCCAUAUAUAUUUUUGUUCAUUUAUCCUUUCUCUCAGAGCGCAUUACUCAUACCGAGUUUAAUUCUAUUAUCAUCGUGUUCCGACUGCACGAUAUAUCGUAGGCGAAUUAGGUUGUUUAUUCUCGCGCGAUGAAUCCGGAGAGAAAUCAGUAUUUUUAAGAUAACGCUUCCACGCGUAUGAUUGUACGACUUUGUUCGAAGGAUAGAAGGGGGAUUAAAGGAGGGAAUGUGUAAACACAGAGAGGAAAGAAAUGCGUUUAGAGGAAGAAUCUCAGUCGCGAACUUUUCACGCUUGCGAUGAAAA